CGUGGAUGAGCUGUCCACUGCAGUUGACCUGUAAACUCACGCACUGUGUUGACCGACCUUGAUUUUCGUUGUACUUCGGCAACUCGCAGAAUUCAGCCCGGCAUCAAAUAUGACGUACGAAUCGCAAAUCUCGUUCACCUUGGAUACCAUCUGUCCUUGGACAUAUCUUGCAAAGAAAAGACUGGAUGAGGCCCUGCGACGUUUUCGCCAAAGCGAUGACGCCAAUUUUACCACCUUCGUUGUGAAAUAUUUUCCGUAUCAGCUGAAUUCUGACGCCUCGAAAGAGGGGGAGGACAAGUAUUCGUGGUAUAAGAAAUCGCGCUAUGGGGACUCGGAUGAGAAGAUGAAGAUGUAUAUCACAUUGAUGACAGCAUAUGGCAAAAGCGCGGGCAUCAACUUCAAAUUUGGCGGCACUGUCUCCAACACUCUUGAUGCGCACCGAGUCAUCCAGCAUUUCCAGGAAGAAAAAGGGCCCGAGGUUGCGGACAAGAUAAUAAACUCGCUGUAUUCUCAGUACUUCGAGAAUGAGAAAAAUCCUUCAAGCCUCGAAACAUUACUGCAGGCGACGGCAGGCGCUGGCAUCUCAGAGUCCGAGGCGAAGCAAGUCAUUGAAGAUAAAAACGAUGGUCUCCUGGAUGUGAAGAUGUUGAUACGUGAGCAGACGACCGACGGCAUAGACAGUGUACCUUAUGUGGUUUUUGAAGGCAAGAGGCGCGACUUUACACUGGUUGGAGCAAAAGAAGUCGAAGAGUAUGAGAAGGUGUUGCAUCAAGUUGUGAAGGAAAGCAAGUGAGCGGAAGAAUGAAGAGAAAGUAAGAUUGUCCGCUUGGAAUGUGGUCAAUUUUUUCGCAUCAUUUGACAACCGGACU